AUGAGCCUCAUCAGCCAGUCCGUGCGUGCCCUGAAGGCUGUCAACAGAACUAGCGCUAUCCGCUAUGCUGUCGUCCGAUUCUCGUCUGAUGGCACAGUUCACGGCGUGCCCGCAAGAAACAAACCAACCGAGGACCCUCAAGUUGUGAUUCCAGAAGUCUUUCAGACUCUUGAGUGGUGUUUGUCUUCUCCCCCUCCCAUUCACCAGUUUGAAGAGCCGCCCCUUGUUAUCGAAACUUACGGAGACGUAGAUCCAUACCAUUAA